AAACACAAAAGAGUUCUUCAACGACGAGAUUGAGAAACGAGAAACGACGAUGGCGACGAAUCUCCUGAAACUCUCCUCUCAAAUCCGCCGCCUCUCUCCACUCACCAGAUCCCUAACCGUCCGCACCUCCGCCACAUCCACCGGAUCGAAGAAAGUCUCCGAUCGAAUCGUCAAGCUCUCCGCGAUCGACGCCGACGGAGACAAGAAGGACAUCAUCGGCCUCUCCGGCCAGACUCUCCUCCGCGCGCUCACCCACACCGGCCUGAUCGAUCCGCUGUCGCAUCGCUUGGAGGAUAUCGACGCUUGCUCGGCCGAGUGCGAGGUCCAGAUCGCUGAGGAAUGGCUCGAGAAGCUUCCUCCGCGUACCUACGACGAGGAGUACGUGCUGAAGCGUAACUCGAGAUCACGUGUGCUGAACAAGCACUCGCGUCUCGGGUGUCAGGUUGUGUUGACGCAGGAGCUUCAAGGUAUGGUUGUGGCUGUCCCUGAAGCUAAGCCUUGGGAUAUCCCGUAAGUGUAGUUGGUCUCUAUUUGUUGUUUUUGCGUUAUUGGGAAUAAAUCGAUUUGGAAAGUUAAGUACUUUUGGCAGAUGAUUAUGAUAAUGAAUCUGUGAUCUUCCUUUUGAAAGUUUAUUGUAAUGUGGGUGAAGAACUUGCUUGUUUUAACGAUUCCCUGCUUCUGAGUAUGGGUUUGCAUUUUAAUUAAAUAUUGCUUUCUUGGUUUUA